CCGGAUCCCAGGCGGGCCCGUGUCGCGGCGGCGUGAGGCAGACUGGCCUGGGGCUCGCGGCUGUCCCGUGGAGCCAGACGCUGCGGCCGGCGCGCUGGGGAGGAUGGUGCCGAGCGGCCCCGGGCCCGCCGCGCGCCGUCGCGAGUGAGCCCUGGGCGUCCGCGGGCGUCCGCCGAGCAGCUGGCCCGGCCGGGCCGGGGCGCGCCGCUGCCCACCGGGGCGUGGUGGAGCUGAUCAGAAUAAUGUUCAGCAUCAACCCCCUGGAGAACCUGAAGCUGUACAUCAGCAGUCGGCCUCCCCUGGUGGUCUUUAUGAUCAGUGUAAGCGCCAUGGCAAUAGCUUUUCUGACCUUGGGCUAUUUCUUCAAAAUCAAGGAGAUUAAGUCACCGGAAAUGACAGAGGAUUGGAAUACUUUUCUGCUGCGGUUUAAUGAUUUGGACUUGUGUGUAUCAGAGAAUGAAACAUUAAAGCAUCUCACAAAUGACACCACAACUCCGGAAAGCACAAUGACCAGCGGACCGGCCAGAGUGUCUACCCAGUCCCCACAGGCCCUGGAAGACUCAGGCCCAGUUAACAUCUCAGUUGCAAUCACCCUAACCCUGGACCCACUCAAACCCUUUGGAGGGUACUCUCGCAAUGUCACCCAUCUGUACUCAACCAUUUUAGGGCAUCAGAUUGGACUUUCAGGCAGGGAAGCCCACGAGGAGAUAAACAUUACCUUUACCCUGCCUGCAGCUUGGAGCUCAGACGACUGUGCCCUUCAUGGUCACUGUGAGCAGGUGGUGUUCACAGCCUGCAUGACCCUCACAGCCAAUCCUGGUGUGUUCCCCGUCACCAUACAGCCACCGCACUGUGUUCCUGACACAUACAGCAAUGCCACGCUCUGGUACAAGAUCUUCACAACUGCCAGAGAUGUCAACACAAAAUAUGCUCAAGAUUACAAUCCUUUCUGGUGUUAUAAGGGGGCCAUUGGAAAAGUCUAUCAUGCUUUAAAUCCCAAGCUUACAGUUAUUGUUCCAGAUGAUGACCGUUCAUUAAUAAAUUUGCAUCUCAUGCACACCAGUUACUUCCUCUUUGUGAUGGUGAUAACUAUGUUUUGCUAUGCUGUUAUCAAAGGCAGACCCAGCAAAUUGCGUCAGAGCAAUCCUGAAUUUUGUCCUGAAAAGGUGGCUUUGGCUGAUGCCUAAUCCCACAACUGCCUGUUUUCUGAGAGAACCAUAAUCGUUGCCUGCUGAACCCAGCCUGGCCCUGGACACUCUGUGAAUACGUUAUCUUGUGAUGUUGGGUUAUUCCAGCCAAAGACCUUUUUCAAGUGCCUGUAACUGAUUUGUAUAUAUUUAUAGAGAUCUAUUCAGAAAUUGGUCCAGUGAUGCACGUGCUUUGCACUGGGUGCAGCCAGAACCCUUCAGCCUCAUCCGUGGACUUGGUGGGAUGAUUCCACGUGGCGCCAGAGAGGAUCCGUGGUCUCACUGCAUUGGAGAGGGCCAUGCUGUCUUUACCAAGGUCACGGGCGUUUCAUUACUGGUGGGGUUGAGGUCUGCUUUGGUUCUUGUUUCCGCCCGAUAUGUACAGAAUGUUCAAAACAGUCUGCACCUUUGAUAUGAUACUGCAUUUCCAAAGCCACCAGUCUAUUUUGUGGAUUUUAUGUGUCUGUGGCUUAAUAAUCAUAGUAACAACAAUAAUACCCUUUUCUCCAUUUUGCUUGCAAGGAAAGAUAUCUAUCUUUCUAAGUUUUUUUUGAAGACAAAAAUAAAAUAGUCACAUUUUAAUACUACUCUAGUUAGGACAAGACUUGUGCUUUUAUCUUGAGUAAAAGGCUAAAUAUUUAAAAGUCACCUACGUGGUAAAGAUCUAAGUUUCAUUUUCCACAUGGAUGAUGAGGAACCUGGUCUUGUUUGAGUUGAGUUGGCACAGAAUAUUCCACUGUCUUUCUACUUUAUUGUCCCCUCCAUUAUAAAAGUUAAAGCAGCUUUCUCACUCAAAAAGGCUUAAAAAUUAAGUAAAUGGCUCUAGAGUAGAGUAAAACUAGCUAUUCUGUUUUCUGGAAUGCACAUGGUAGAAGAGAGAAUGAUGAUUUGGUUUAAUAGUUAUGAAAGGGUUUCCUGUUUUCUUUGAAGAGGGAGUGGAUUUUCCUUCCUCCUCCUUCUCUUUUUUUUGUAUUUAUUUUUAUGCAAUUAAUUUAUCUUCAGAAGGAAAAUGGCAGCUAGUAGGUCAGUGACUUUAUGAAAACGAUGCUUGUAAAUUUGAAGGAAAGCAAUUCUCAUUUGCCGUUUGUCAGGAAAACCAAAAGUGUUUUUCUUUCCUUUAAUAUUUCUAUAAUCUAAUUCCUUUAUCCCUUUUUCUUUCUAAUCUAUCUUCAUUUAAAAAAAUCGUGUGUUAUCUUUUCCAGUCCUUUCUUGUUACUUGUAUUCUUACUGUUUUUCUGUGUCUUAAUAGCUCUUUGCCUUAAUAACUUGUCAUUAAUGACUUCUGUGUUCUCCCAAGCAAUGUUAUAGCAGAAGGGCAAUUAAAAUCUUGGGCAUGACUGGCAGCACUUCUUUUCCUUAACUCCAGGUCUAUAGUCUGUUAUAAAUCAGAAUCAGUCCUGCAGUCUGAAAUAUAUUGGCCUAGAACGAAAUUUUAUCCCAGGCAUUCUUUUUUUUUUGGUGAGGAAGAUUGGCCCUGUGCUAAUAUCUGUGCCAGUCUUUCUCCACUUUGCAUAUGGGACCCUGCCACAGCAUGGCUUGAUGAGCAGUGUGUAGGUCUGCACCUGGGAUUGGAACCCAUGAAACCCAGGCCACUGAAGUGGAUCGUGUGAACCUAACCACCACACCACUGGGCUGGCCCCUCCCAGGCAUUCUUGAAUGGAAAACAAUUGUGGGCUUUUAUCAAUGAUUGUUAAUCACAAGAGUAACUUGGUAUGUUAAUAUUCCUUUCUUCCUUUUACUACAUUUCAAGCGCAGUAAUCAUACUUGUCUAUCCAGUUUUUUUGUAUUAUGAGUUACUUACAUGGUGCAUGGCUAACCUGUUAAUUUAGUUUUCUCUUUAGAGACUUUGAGACUCUUACAAGACAAGAUUGAGAAAGAGCCAUUUGGCUUGGCUUUUAGAAACAUCAAUAUCAUUAAGAACAGAUUUUAGGUUAAGUUGCUACUGAAUUAUUAAAAUCCCAAUGAAGCAGAACUAUAGGGAUAGAUUUAUAACUGGGAGAGUAACAUAAAAGGAGAAAGGCGAAAGUCAGUUUCACUGGUUUGUUCAAUCCAGCUUUUUUGCUGAUAUUAGUUACCCUUGUUUGAAUUACAGGGAGUGGCUGGAAUCUGUAAGCAGGGAGGAAGGACACUGUUAGGCAUGAGGAAAGGAAGUGCCAAAAAUGCCUGGACAGUAUGACUUGUCAUGAGGCCAGGACACACACUUUAAAAUCCAACAUCCACCCUAAUAGGUAAUUCUCAAAGAUGUAACUGAAAUCCAGAGUCAGUCAGCUAUAUAAAGGAAGGCUGGGGAAGAGGAGAGGCCCUGGGGCCUGGGCAAAAGAGGUCUAAUAACUGAAGAGACUCCACUGAGUGUCUGGAGGUCCAGAGGACCUAUUACUGUCUGGGCAUUUACAGACAAGGCCCGAUCCCCCGCUGUAUCUUGCUGGGGGACCUCAGGAUUAGAAGAGUAUCACGAACAGGGCCCGUUUGCCAUUCAGAGGCGACCCUGCUGGGACCAUCGGCUCAUCCUCAGGCAUCUUGGACUGGAGGUCCAAUAAAAGGUCAGCAACUUACUAUUAAAAUGAUUGUUUCAGAUCAUAUUGAUCUCUUUCCUUUUUCCUUUUGUCCUUUCACUCUAUGACUUGAAUCAGUUUUGAUUCUAUUUGUAAGUUUUUCUUGUCAUAGGAACCUGCCAUUUCCGUUGCAUCCUCUCGGGCGGUCUGUAGGGAUUCAGUCCCCUGGUUCUGCAGCCCUGCUGCAGGCACUGUGGGGUUGCGAGGGCCAGUGGAUCCAUUUCACUUACCUUGCUGCAUGAUGGUCAGUAGCUGAUCUGUUAUGGCAUUCACUCUCAGAUUAAUUUUCCGUAUUUGAACUAUGUGCAUAUGUGCUUUACAGAAUAAAACAUCUGAAUUUA